AUGAGACCAAUUGUGUCCGCAAUUGGGUCUCCUACUUACAAUAUUUCAAAGUGGUUGGUUGAAGUUUUCAAAACUUUAAAUAAUCCUUACAACAAUCAUUCUGUGUCAAAUUCGCUUGAAUUCAUCGAAAAGGUCAAAGGUUUGAAUCUGACCGAAGGCGAAUCAUUUGAUGUUUCAUCACUUUUUCCAAGUGUACCCAUACCAACAACUUCGAAAUAUAUAGGGGAAUUACUCGAAUAUAACAACCUUGAUCCGGUUAAUAUCAAAGAAUUGGUCAAUCUCAGAAACCUCUGCAUGAAGUUUGAAACGAAUGCAAAAGAAAAAUUCGAUUAUUUCCCUAGGGUUUGGAUUAGAUAUGUCGACGAUAUUUUUUCCAUUUUUCAUACAAAAACAGAUAUAGACAACUUUAUUUCACCAUUGAAUAAUUGCUUCCCCUUUAUCAAAUUCAAUCAAUCAAUCAAUCAAUCAAAAAUAUACUUUAUUGUCGAAGAUUUCAAUCUUAUUGACAAAGCAUGUUUCACUGUUGAAUGCGAAAACAACGGUCAAUUACCAUUCUUAGAUGUUCUUGUGAUAAAAAAUGGCGAAAACAAUUUAGAAUUUGAUGUUUUUAGAAAAGAAACUAACACUCCUAGAUACAUAACUGAUGACUUCAAUCACUGUUUUCCAUACAAAAUGGCUAUUUUAAAUUUCCUAGUACAUAUUCUACUUUUAUUUCCUCUGAGAAAACAAAGAUUCGAUGUUGAAAGGAAUGGUAUUCAUGAAUUGGCUGGCGUCAAUGGUUAUGAUAUCAAAAUAGUAGAUAAAUUGAUACGUAGGCAUAAAUUUGAGUUAUCACUCAGGAAUUCUACGACUUUUCAAGCGGAUAAAAAUAAACCGAGGAAAAUCCCAAGUACACAAGAGGAUUUGAUAAGGUUUUCAAAGAAUUAG